GUAGGAGGAGGAGAAGUAGGAGGAGGGAGGUGUUUGCCGCCGCCGCCUCCCGCCGCCGCGGGGACCCGGUGCCGAGCGGCUGCCGUUCCCUCAUCCCAUCACUAGCUCAUCCUAGCAUCCCGUCUCCGGCGGAGAUGUCUGGCGGGGGCAGCAGGCGCCGGAGCGGCUCUCCCUGGCAUAGCACCUUCUCCCGGUUCUUCUCCAGGAGCUCCCCCGGCGAGGGGGCGGCAGCACCGGUCAGUUCGGAAAACAAAGGGAGUGAAGCCAUAAAUUUAAAGAGCAGCCAAAAAGAAAGCACAACUCUGCCGGCACAUCUGAAGGUUUGUCAAAAUGAAGAGAAGAACCAUUCCACUGAAGAACUCAGCAAAUCUGAAAUCCAGGAGGAGCUGAAAAAGGCAAAUAGCCUUCCUAGUUUGAUUCGUGGAAUCAAAACAGCAGAUAAAGACAAGCAACCCCGAGAAGGUUUUUUUCAUUUUCUUGGAAGCUUGUUUAAUAUUGCAACAAAGUCUUCUCUGGUAGAAUCUAAACCGCCUACCUUCCAAAAUGAACCCAAUGGACAUGAAAAGGAUUUACAGAACACAAAUACCCUUCCAGAGGACAUGCAGCCAAAGCGUCCAAAAAUUGAAGACGCUAUCUAUUCUACAGCUAGUACUAAAGAGGAUUCUGUAAAUAAAGGUGAAGCCAUCUUAAAUAAUAUUGGGAAAGAUAUCUCACAGGAUCCGCAAGGAGACUGGAAACUACCUGCAGGUGCACAAAAGCAGAUGCUACGGAAGCCAGAAGCACCUGCAGUCACUUAUGCAACGUAUCGAGGUUCUGCAAGGAUUAGGCAGCUACUGAAGAGUCAGUCAGAAGUGGCUGAAAAAGGAGAAGAAAGGACUGAGAACAGAAAUGCUUUAAUGGUCAAAGAAAAUGGGGAAAUCCAAACAACCAUCUCUCCAAAAUCAGGAUGCUUAAAAGAGAAUGCAGAAAAUGAGGGUAAAGAUCACGGAGUUGGUGUUAUAGUGGACUCUUCUGCAUUUAACAUGGAAACAACGAAGUCUGGUAAAGCUCAGCAUUGCUUGGUUAGCAGUAAAGGCAAAAUAACUGCCAAGGCUACAACUUCAUCUACUGAAUCAUCUCGUGAUAUAGAUUUAAAACAUACACCUGCUUUAGCCGCAACAAAAUUUAAAAGGACGUGUUCACUAGAUUCGUUUUUGUCAUCUAGUAGUAGAAAUGGUGAGAUCCUAACCAAUUCCACUUCUCAGAUUACCAACUCCCUUAAAAUGAGUUCUGCAAAUGGUUUGGUUGGAAAAGAAGUUGAACUGCUGGGAGAAGCAGAAGCUCUGUUUCAGGGAGACAAAAUUGCCACUUGUAAUUUUGAUGAAGAUAAUUGCUGUAGUAUAGCAGCUAGUAAGGAGUCUACCAAAAUAAUGCAAGAUGAUUGUUUACAUUCACACAAAUCAAAAAAUAAGUCAGCUAAUGAAGAACUACAGGUGAGUAAGGGAGAGUAUUGCUGUAAUCAUCAAAUGCAUAGUCACUUGGAACCAGCAUCGGAUGUCCAGAUGCUUCAUUCCAUUACCACUAUAUUUCAGGAGCAAGCAGAUCAACGUACAGGUAGUGCAAAUAAAGGUAGUGACCCAAGGAAAAGUGAUACACAGAAGAUUGUGGCAGCUGUAGAAACCGAGCAAAAUCCACAAAAAUUUCUUGCUACUGCUCUUUCACCUUUUGAUGAACAAACACCCACUUUGCUUAGUAUGGAGUCCACAGGAGAAAAAUGCAUAACUGCAGGUAAUCUCACUGCUACAACAUCAUCUAUUAAAAAUUAUGAAGAUACAGUCAUGGGCAGCAGGACUUGUAAUGAAGAACUGAGUAAGUUUGGGAAACGAAUACACAUACAAAAUGAUGACCAGUUAGUCCUUGUGGAGAAUUGUAAGGAUACUGUUGCACCACAGGCUGGUGUACCUUGUCUAGAAACGGAGGGUGUGGAAACAAUGAAGGUUUUCUCUCAGGUUUCAGUGGAAAACCUUGCCGAUGUGUCAUCAUGCAUACAUGCAUGUGAGAGCAUGAAAGCUAACUUCAACGAGCUGACAGCACCUCUCCCUGUUACUUACGAGUCUUCUUUUGAAACUGGAGGCUGUUGUUUGGUUUCUCUUCAUCCAAGUUGCAAAACUGAAAGAACUAUAGGGGAAAGAGAAGUUGAUUUAAAAGAUGCAAGAGAGACUGUUUCUUGUCCUGAUCUUAGAUGUGAAAAGAGCAAAUCUUUUGAGCUGGUAGAGUUGAGCCUUUCAGAAAGCUCAGUGCCUGUUCACAACUGUGGUUCUGUUUCCCUUGAAACUGUUCAAGAUGUUUCUGCCAAGGCAUUAGUUAUUCUUACAGAAGAUAACACAGCAAAGCCUGCUGUUCACCCUUUAAUCAGCAUCAGCAGGACAGAUGAUCAUACUCUUCCUGCUUCUAAAAUUGACAAGGCUGGUAUGGCUGAUGUUGCACUUCUACCUUCUGAGUAUAAGGAUUGCAUCUCUGAACUUUCCUCUCUUAAGUCACAAGGAAACGUUCUGGUGGUUUCUCAUUCUGACUUGAGAUGUGGAGAAAGACCUUUGCCCAACCAUUCUGUUUUCAUCUGUGAAAAAGACAUUGAUGUAGACAUAACUUCUAAAUCUUCAACUCUUUCUGAAGAUGGAUCUAUUAAUUUAUCUUCCAAGAAGGAAAACAGUAAUAAGCCGAAGAUAUCGCCCCCAGUACUUGAUUUUUCAUCUGACAACCAAGUCAAAAUGCCUUAUCCUGCCACUAACUCUGAAAAUGGCCAGAUUACUAGAUGGUCUACUGCUUCUGAACAGGACAACUUUAUUUUUCCAGCUGCUGAAUUUAGCAGGAUAAUCCCCGAGGACAGAAUGUCUGAGGUGUCAGUUUGCUUGGGAGACCUGAGAGCUUCAUGCCCAAAUGAUUCUCUGGAACCUGAGCUUACUCCAGCUAUGCUUGAUAGCUCUGCUGCUGGAGUGGAUGUGGUGGGUAUUUGCAUCCGCAGGCCCUCAUCACCUAAUCUGGGAUCCAGAGAAGCCUUUGACCUUUCCCUUUCUGCCUUGGAAACAGUGGGCGUUGCUCAGGGGAACAAUUAUUCCUCCAGUUACAGAGCUGGUGAUGGGGCAGAGGAGGCUGCCUCCGUGCAGCAGGCUGACAGCAGUGUCUUGGCAGAGGCAAUGAUGUCACCCAUCCACCCUUGGAAAUCUUUGGGAACAUCAUCUGAGUCAGCCUGUACUGAGAGCAUGUGCAAAAAUGCUGUGGGACAGGUGAAUCUUGCUAACUAUGUUUCUGCUCUCUCACAAGCCCCUUCUAUGACAAAUAAUCAAACAUCUGCUGCACCUGCAGAGUCAAAUGAGCUCUGUUCUGAGGAAUUAAGGGAUAGCAAUACGAAGGGACAAGAAUGCCCUAAAUUCCAAAAUGCUGCUGUUUUGCUUAAAAAAGCUGAGGAAAUAGUGGACUCAGUUUUACAGUUAGCUAUAGAAGAAAUAAUGGCAAAACCAGCCAUUGGUGUCUGCCAGCUUUGUGGGAGCAAGGAUGGUUUAAUAAGUACGGGUAUUAUAAAUUAUCAGAAAGCUGGGACUGUACAGCUGGAAGCAGAAGAAAUCCAGUCAGCUGUGCAGUCAUUAAAACAUUUUAAUGAGAACAGUGGAGGAGGCUCAUCUUCAUUUACAGGAAAUGAAACAGUGGAUACCAGUAAUCAAGGUGAAAAGAUACUAUCUUACAUCCCUGAUAAAAUUGACCUACAUAGUGCACUAGCGCUAAAAGCAAAAGAAAUAAUUGAUGAAGUCAUUAACUCAGCCAAACAAAAGCUGGCAUCCAAUCAGUGGCAAGGCAGUGAGAGUAAAAGGCUCUCUGAAAAGUUUGAGCCUAAACCUAAGACUGAAACCCUAAAGGUUUUAAACCUGGAUAUCAAGUUACCUGCUAGAACAGAUGAACCAAGGGAGAAGGUUGACGCUCAGAUUGUAGGUGUAAAUUUUGAAAAGGCAGAUGGCUUAGAUCCUCCCUUGCUUCCAAAUAGUAUGGAAAAUGGCAUAGAUUGGCCCCAAAGAGCUGAAAAGAUACCAAAUAAUGCAUUUACAUGUCAAACAAAUGGAUUUCUGACCACUGGUAGUUCAGUAAGGCCAGAAUCUGAUUUUAUGACACCAGACAAAGAGGGAGACGAUAGAAAGGUGUGUGACCAUCUGGCUGCAGCAGAGAAAUGUAGAAAAGCUGGAGUAUCAGCAACUAGUAGAAAAUCUGAUGGGUCUUUACGUUUAAUACACAGAGAUGCUACUGUGACUGAAGAAAUGCUUCAGUCAUUGCAGUUAAAAGAUUUGUGCAAUAAUACAAAUAUGCCAGAGCACGCAUUGCUGGGAAGUGUAAAUGUUAAUUUGCCAUCUUUUAUGCCCAAUGAAGAACAUAUCAGCAUACAGACUGAAUCCAAAGUCAAAAGCAGCUCUUGGGGUUCUCUGGAAACCAGUGCAGAGGACAGUCCUUAUAAACACUGCAGAAGAGAGGCUGCAGAAAUACCUGCACAAGUAAUAGUAACCUUAGAAGAUUCAAAGGUAAUGGAGAAUAAAGAAGAACGAGCAGAAGGGACGAGUGAGAUGGCAGAGACUAAUACUGGAUUAAACGCACUGUUUGCUGUGCCUCAAUUGUCUAUUAUUGGUGAUGACAGCGAAGGGAAAAGCUGCUUCAACACAGUGUUUGCCCAAGAUAAUGAGAAUCCAAAGCAGGUAGAAAGGAAGGACCAAGACACUCAGAGAAAUUAUCAGCUUGAAGAAAGUGGUCUGGACUGUAGUGAUGACACGAAGGAAUCGACUGAUCUUUUGGGCUUUUCUCCACUAAUUGAACAGUGGGAAAACAGUUCUUUUACUAUAAUCUAUGAAGAUGCCCUUCAGACUGAGAACAAAUCUGUCUCAACUGAUGAUAUGCAAACUGGUUUGCUUUCUUCUUCUGUUCUACCUUCAGAUAAUGUGGAUGAUCUAACAUGUGAAAGAGCAAAUAAUAAACAUGACCCAGCUUGUCUUUAUGGAAAGGAUAACAAGUUGACUGAAGCUACAGAUAGCCGUAGCUCAGAGUCAUUUCUAAGCGUGGAGGCCAGGCGCUGUAGAGUAUAUCCUUUGUCUUUGUCUCCGAUAUAUGAAGAUGACAGCUCUCAAGAAGAUUUGCUUUCUACAGAUGUGUCACCAGAAGGCCAUCCUAGUGGAAUAUCUAAAGAUAACACUGACCACGCUUCUGUGCUAUCCCUUCUCCAGUCAGUUUCUGAGCGCUUACAGUUUACUUCUCAGUUCAGUAAAGAGGAUGAGGAGGAGGGAGUGGAAGACCAGGAGGAGGAAGAAUCAUCAUAUGAAGAACAAAUGCUUGAUGCUGAGCAAGAAGAAGAUUGUCUUUCCACUCAGUGGAGAGGGGAUUUAAAAACAACCCUGCAGUCAAACAAGCAAAGUUUGUUUCCUGAACAACCACUUCCUCUUUCAAAAGAGCAACUUGACUCUAAGCAUCAACCAGAACUAUUUCCAGAUGUAGCUUCUCCCAGUCGAACACCUUGUAAGCCAAUUUCACAGAAAGCUGAUGCUGCUGUAAAACUUCCUCCUCCAAGUAUCUACUACCAGUAUUUGAAAUCUGCCAGCACUUCCUCCUUUGAGAAGGGGACCAGGUUUGGAAGCAUUCUCCAGGAUGUGUUGCAGCCAAAGAUGCAUUGGUCUCAAGACAACACUAUGCUGAAACUGGGAGAAUUGUCAGCGAACCUUAUUGACAGGGCAAGUCUCAAAUACAAUCCAAGGCCAGGAAAGAUUAUUAUUUAUGAUAUUUAUGGCGACAAAAGUAAACAAGAAAUUCAUUCGGAUGUGCUAAAUACCAUGUCAUGGAUCUUUCCCAGUGGAGCAUUACUUAGGAUAAUUAGAGGAUGUUGGAUUUUGUAUGAGAAACCAAAGUUCCAGGGUCGGAAAUAUGUACUAGAAGAAGGAGAGACUGUGCUGGAUCACCUUUGGGAUCUUCCGGGUGUGAAGUAUCGUCGGAGAAACCUCACAGUGGGUUCAAUCAAACAUAUAACGAAGGACUGUGACGUUCCAGAGGUAGAGUUCUGCCCGGCAGAUGGUGGUACAGAGGGACUUCCUGUCUGCAUACAGACUGCAGUUGCCAAUUUAGAAGAACUGGAUGUUGAGAAAAACCCUUAUAUAAGUGUCAAAUCAGGAGUAUGGCUUGCUUAUUCAGACAUUAAUUACAAGGGAGAGAUGAAGGUUUUGGAAGUAUGCGAUUCACCAUCUGAAAUUCCUUCAGCAGAUGUGAAAUCUCUGCGUCCCUUAAAAAUGGGUGGACUAAAGGUACAGAUGCCAAUGAAUGUAAAGAUUAUAAUAUAUGAGAAAACUCACUUUGGAGGAUGGUCCAAAGAGUUUUCAGAAAACGUCAGUUCUGUCCCAGCUGUGUUUCAUAGCGAAGAGGAGUUUCAGGAAAUUGGAUCAAUACGUGUAAUUGGAGGAGUGUGGGUUGCCUAUGAUAAGGAACGCUACAAAGGCCGUCAGUACUUGCUGGAGGAGGGAAAUUAUGAAGACAGACACCUAUGGGGGGGAACUGACAGUAUCCUAUCUUUCCGAUUCCUUCAGGCUGAUUUCAUAGAGUCAUCAGUGGCACUUUUUCAGUCUGAUGAUGAAGAUGGGAAAGCAUUAGACAUCAUCAAUGAAGAAAUCCCUGAUUUGGAGCUGGCUGGAUUUGGCCCAGAGACGAAAUCAAUUCUUGUGAGAAGUGGAGUGUGGGUCGCAUAUCAGCAGAAGUAUUUCUGUGGAGAACAAUAUGUAUUGGAGAAAGGAAAAUAUAAAUGUUUCUUUGACUGGGGAGGGUCCAGUAAAACCAUCAUGUCAAUUCGACCUAUUAAGUUGGAACCACUUGGAACGGAUGAGCCUCCACAUUGGCUCAAAGCUUUCAGUAAUACACAUUUCCAAGGAACAUGUAUAGAUUUCACAGCAGAAGUUUCUGAUUUUACAUCAUUCAUACCAUGUUCUUUUAAGGUUCUUCGGGGAUGUUGGCUCCUGUGUUACCAAGGGGAAACCACUGACAAUCACUGUGUGCUGGAAGAAGGCCUCUUUGUUGACCUCAGUUCCUGUGGCUGCCCGACUGCUACAAUCAAAUCCCUGAAGCCUAUUCAAUAUGUUUUUGCUGAGCCCUCCAUCAGCCUGUUCGCUCUGGAAUGCUGCAAGGGCAGAGAGCUGCACUUCAGUGAACCCAUCAAUUCUGUUUUGAAUGAGGACCUUCAUUUUUACACUCAGUCUGUAUGGGUGAGAAGUGGAUUGUGGAUUGCUUAUGAAGGGUGCAAUUUUUUGGGAAGGCAGAUUCUGCUGGAGCCCAGUGAGAUUUCAAACUGGAGUGAACACAGUGGCUGGAAAGCAAUUGGCUCCCUUCGUCCUGUGAAGCAGCCAGCAGUGUACCUCAGAGUGAAGAACCGAGCCCAAGGUAAAUACUUGACAGUUGCUGGGAGCCUAGCAGAUAUAAGAGCAACAUCAGUGUGCGCGUCCCCGUACAAUGGCAAGAAUACCCAGAUCUGGCACUACUCUCGUGGACUGUUCAAAUCCAAGGCUAACAAUGCCUGUCUGGAUGUCAUUGGUGGCAGAGAUGUACCUGGGGCCAAAGUUGCACUCUGGGCAGAACACGGGAAGGACAGGCAAAAGUGGAGACUCAAUGAGGAUGGAACCAUCAGUUCAUACCUCAGCAACCAACUGGUGCUUGAUAUUAAAGGAGGAAAUUAUUAUGACAAGAAUCACAUCAUCAUGAAUCAGCCAAUAGACAACAAACUUUCACAGCAGUGGGAUAUUGAAAUAUUGUGAGCAAAGCCCACCAGAGAGAUGGACCUUGUGUGGGUUAAUAACACCAAGGAGGGGGGAAAAAAACAACCUACUGAAGUCAAGCACCACUGGAACCUUAAGAAGCAACUCCUCUACUUUCCUUCAUACCAGGCACCAACUCCAAAAACAAACAAGUUUUGCACAAAUGUGGAAGAUGGAAGGUUGAUCUGAUGUCUUUCUGCAGGGAAGCUGAUUCUUCAGAGGCUGCUCCUACAAAAGUCACUAUUACUUUUCAUCUGAACUAUUAAAUGCAAAAGAGUAGACGUAUGUUUUGCAGGAGAGAUAAUAUGGGAAAGGUGUCAGAAAUAUUUGUUACCUUCCUCUCACAGUGAUGGAAGCUCACUGAAGAAUGGACACAUUAGUGAGCUUGAAAGAGGUUGAGUUGGUCAUUUAUAUUCCAAGUGAAAGUAUUUAGGCUCAAAGCAACCCUGAAGCUCAAAUCAUCUCUCUUGCUAAAACACAGUUUAUUUUGUUCAUGAAGACAACUUUGAUCUGGAAUUACCAACUCAGCGUGUGAAAUGGGGCAAUGGAGAAAGCCAGGCUUUUACCCCCCUACUGUUACCAGUAGGCCUUUGUCUUCAUUUCUUUUAACAGUACCAAAUUUCCAGGUUCAGGAACUGGUUUUGCUGACCCAUGGCCUGUUUUAGACCCGUGAAAUUGUUACCUUUAACACGAAGCCAUAUGUGCGUGUAUCAAAAGAGAACAAACAGGCUUGGGUCAGGCUAGAUUCCUGCAAGGGCUAGCUGCAUUUAGAGCAGUAAUGAUUUUAACUCUAGCUGUAUUUUGGAUUUAUGUAUAUAGAUUAAUUUAAUAAAAUGUAAUAUCGUCUUGAAAGCCAUGUCUUCCUUCAGAAAAUAAUUCACCCUUGUAUGUAUUCUCAAAGGUGAUAGCAGCCUGCAUUUCAACUCUUGCUUAAUGUUAAAAGAACAGCAUUAACUGCAUAUUGACCUUACUGUGGCUCAUCAACAACGCGUACACCUUAUCCCGAAGGACAAGGACUUAGACUAAUGAAGACAAGCCCUUGGCAUGCCGGUGCUUUCCCCAAUCUCAGCACUAUGCAACCAGCCUACCAGCUCUCGUUCCAGGCAGACGGAGCCAAAUACCUUAAUUGGACUGAAGCUGUUGCAGGCUUGAAAAGCACAUUCCUCACUCACCCCUGACAGACAGAUGGAACUGCAUACAUGUGCACUAAGACUGUGAACCCUCAAAGUGGAAGUGAAGUCCUUUAGGUCACUGGUAACUUUGAUUUCAGUGCCACCGAAUUAAUCCCUACUUCAUUGAAAAUGUCAUUUUUUUUUUUCUUUAUUUGUAUAUUCAGGAUAUGUAUUUCUAUAACUAUUUCUAUAAAACUAUUUAAAGAGUUUAGAUUACCUAAAGACAAGAUAUUUUAGUUUCCAAAAGCUGUAACUUUUCCAGUUGUACAUUCAAGCAGGAUUCAUCCCCAAACAAAUGAAAACAUACAAACCCUAAGUCUGCCACAAAAAUAAAAUAUAUGGAUGUCUAUUUUUGUAAGAAAUGGAGUUCUAUAUGUCUAUUUAAAAAACAACCUUAUCUACUUGCACUUGCUAUUUUACAUUCUAAAGUUAUCAUGAGUCUGCUGUUUAAGUAACAGAUCUUCAAAUAUAUGUAUAUAUUUUUCCAACUAAAGCACUUGUUUAGCUUUUUUUUUUAAUGUAAGUCAGUACGUGAAGUGUUCUACACGUGACUCGCUUUCCCCAUGAAAUUUUAAAAGCCUCUGUAAAAUGUUCUAAUCUUUUAGUCCGAGAAUGGCUGCAUCGUAUUUGGUGUCAGUGUUACAUAACAAAGUAAAGCAGGCUUUUGUACUCGAGAGAUCUUGAAUGUAAAAUGCUAAGCAUGUAUAUUUUAAU